AUGGCGAUAUACUGGAUGACGGAGGCGCUCCCCCUGGCGGUGACCUCCCUCAUCCCAGCCGUGCUGUUCCCGCUGCUCGGCGUGCUGACGUCGCGCAAGGUCGCCAUGCAGUAUUUGAAGGACACUAACAUGCUGUUCCUCGGCGGGUUGGUGAUGGCAAUAGCUGUCGAGCACAGGAGUUUGCACCGGCGCAUCGCUCUCAAGGUGAUGACGCUCGUCGGAUCGAAGCCACGCUGUCAUACGCCGGGGAGAUUUGAAGCGAAAUUCCAAGGUCAGGUUCCAAUAUCGCUCGCGAAGGUGACUGGUCGUAUGAUAAACUGCCAAGUAGCUGGACUCCGGGACGAGACGACACAAUCUAUGUGGAUCAGCAAUACGGCAGCGUCGGCCAUGAUGGUUCCCAUCGUACAGGCGCUCAUCAAGCAACUCACGGCGAUCCGUAGCGAGAAACCUCCUACGGACCAGGAGAAUGAAACCAUGGAAAAGAUGCCCCUAGAACAUGAUUUACACGUAACGGAAGAGACAGACGUGGACCAAAUCUACAACAACCACAAUGAGAAGCUCGGAGAGGCGGAUAACGCUGAGAAUGGCGGCGGAGAUCGGGACGUGCAGCAGCAGCGCUACGGCGACAAACAUCAUCAACACCACGAGAAAAAGCCCCUGACGUCACACCAGGACGAGGAUCCGGAGGAGGGGCAGGCGGCGAGAUCACAGGAGGACGCCGCGUUUGCGAAGGGCAUGCUGCUUGCCAUCAGCUACGGAGCUGCCGUCGGCGGUACGGCUACGCUGACGGGCAGUCCGCCUAACCUCGUGCUCAGCGGUCUCGUCGAAACCUGGUACCACGGCAAGGCUGGGCUGAACUUUGCGACUUGGUUCGGCUUCGCAGCGCCAUUGUCUGUCGUCAUGCUCGUCAUUCUCUGGUUGUGGCUUCAGUUCAACUUUCUAGGAGUCAGGACGCUAUGUGGUUGCUGCAUCAAGGGCAGAAAUUCAGCCGACGCUGCCGUAGAGAAGGUUAUCAAGGACGAGAACAGCAAGAUGGGACGAAUGACGUUUGCUGAGUGGGAGAUCUUGGUUUGCUUCAUAUGUUUGGUUGUGCUCUGGUUCGCGCGUGAUCCGAAGUUCAUGCCAGGCUGGGGAGAAGCAUUUGUCGACGAGUAUGGAACAAUGUUUCCAUCAGACGCUACGGCGGCGCUAACUAUCGGGUUGAUAAUCUUCAUGCUGCCUGCGCAUGCGCCCCCUUGUCUGCAGGGUAUCUUCCCACUUCCAGGGGAAGAGAAAAGCGGUGUAAGGAGACAUUCCACGGAAUCCCUGCUGCCCUGGGAUAGUGUUCAGCACAAGAUGCCAUGGGGAAUCAUUCUGUUGCUGGGCGGAGGCUUUGCCUUGGCAGCCGGUGUAGAGGAGUCCGGUCUGUCGGCGUGGGUGAGCGGAGGACUGUCAUCACUCAACGUGCUGCCCGUCUGGGUGGCCGUAUGGGCCGUCUGUCUUAUCACCGGCUGCAUGACAGAGAUAGUAUCCAAUACUGCCACCGCUAACAUAGUACUGCCGCUGCUAGCGAAGCUGGCGACGUCGUUGAACGUCAGUCCUUUGCUGCUGAUGAUGCCGGCGACCAUAGUGGCAUCAUUCGCAUUCACGCUUCCUGUUGCAACGCCACCUAACGCCAUAGUGUUUGCCACGGGCGAGCUACACGUCGUCGACAUGGCCAAGUGUGGAAUAGUGAUGGACAUCGUUGGGCAGCUGCUAGCUAUGGGACUUGCCAUGACUUACGGAGUGCAUGUUUUCGGAUUCGGCACAUAUCCGGAUUGGGCCAAAGAUCCGUCAGAGAUGCUCACGUCGACUGUGGCAGCCAUCAACGUCACGACAGAAGCCAUCUUAUAG